AUGGCUUCCGCUCUGAACAAACGCCAGCAGGCGCGUAACGAGCGCCAGCUACAGGAGCUGAUCAAGACAGUGCCUGGAAACGGGGCAUGCGCCGACUGUGGUGCGAAGAAUCCAGGAUGGGCAAGCUGGAGCUUGGGCAUCUUUCUAUGCAUGCGCUGCGCAGCCUUGCACCGCAAGCUGGGAACACACAUCUCCAAGGUCAAAUCGCUGAGCAUGGACAAGUGGGAUAAUGCGCAGGUUGAUAACAUGAAGCGCAUCGGCAACGCAGAGUCGAACAAGAUAUACAACCCGCGCAACGCGAAGGCGCAGAUACCAAUCGAUGUCGACGAAGUAGACGGUGCUAUGGAGCGCUACAUUCGACAAAAGUACGAGCAGCGCAUGUACAUGAACGCAUCGCAACCGGGCACGCGACACAACACGGGCAGUACGAGCUCCGAAGACAGACCGCCGCCACUGCCGCCGAAGCCCACAGGGCGGUUUGGCUUUGGGCUGAGGAAGACGUCAACAUCGAAGAAUCUCUCGCCUCCAACAUCUCCAGGCUUAGGAUUUGGACAGGAAACCUCGCCGCCGCGAGUCAACAAGCCAUCCCGAGUCUUUGGGUCCAACAUACACACGUCCGGCGAUGGUCUCGACUCGAAAUUGGCGACGCUGCGAGACAUGGGUUUCCCAGACGACAAGCGCAACUCGACCGUCUUGAAGGGCUUGAACGGAAAUCUAGACAAGACUGUGGAGGCGUUGAUCCGGCUGGGGGAGCAGGGUACUGGAAAAUCUGGACGCACGACGCCGACUCCACCUGCGAAGAAUGCCGCAAAUGGCCUGUCGUUUGACAAUGUUCCGCACAACGCAUCUGCUGCGACUUCGACCAAUCCGUUCGACGCGCUGGAUGCGGCGCCUCUGGCUCAGCAGCAGCCUCAGAAUCAGCAAUUCAACUACAGUGGGCAGCAACAGCAGGCAAACCAACAGGCGAACUCCUACAAUCCAUUCUUGUCACAGGGCCAGCAAGGCCAGUAUCAGCAGGGAGGAGCACAGCAACAACAAAACUACGGCCAGCAGCAGCAAUCCCAGCAGCAUCAACCAACUCAGCAACAGCAGAGCUAUGGCCAGCCGUACAAUCCAUUCGGGCAACAGCAUCAGCAUCAGCCUCAGCAGCAGCAGCAGCAGCAGCAAUCGCAACAGAGUCUGGAGCAGUCGUUCCAUGGUAUGCAACUGUCCCAGCAACAGCCUCAGCAGUAUCAACAGCCACAGCAACCUGCACAGCCGUUGUUUCCAAAUCGGACAGGAGGACUCGCCCAACCUAACCCUCCGUUUGCGCAAACGAAUCCUUUCCAGCAGUCUUUCACACCACCGCCCAUGCCACAGAUACCCGAGCAAUACAGCUCAUUUUACACAGCUCAACCACAGUACCAGACGCUGUCUCAGCCAGCAAGCCCAGGAAACCCCUUCUUGAAGUCUUCCAAGAGUCAGCUAUUCGCACCUUCAGCAAACGCCAAUCCUUUUGGCUCCAGUCUUGCCCAAGGACAACCGCAGCAACUCCAGCAACAGCAGACGUCGCAACAGCAAGCGUUCAAUCCCUGGACGUCCCAGCAGCAGACACAAACGCCGACCACACAAGCUCCGAAUCCGUUCAACAACAUGGGGUCGAGUUACCAACAAGCGCAAACACGGACGACCCAAGCGGCCAACCCCUGGCAGUACCAGCAACAGCCCGGUCAGCAGCCCAGCUACCCUCAAAACAACACGCCAUUCGACAAGUACGCGGCAUUUUCACAGUACAGCCAACAGCAGUCUGCGCCCCAGCGGUCAGCGACAAUGCCAAACCUGCUGAUGGGUCAGGCAGGGGCUGGAGCACAAGCACCAGCCACACCAGCCACACCCGCUGCGCCCGCGGCGCCCGCGGCCACCGCGGCCACUGAUGCUUUGUCGUUCUCGGGCCAUUCGAACCCCUUCACAAGCGCAGCACCUACGCAAGCAGCGCCACAAGCCAAACCCCUGUCUGCCAUAUCCCAAACACAGGGCAUUAGGCACGCGAGCAAUGAGAGCGUGGACUUUGCAGGAUUGAUGGGCGGACGGCAUUCGCCUGAUGCGUUUGGAUCGUUGAGCUCGAGCUUCAGGAGAUGA